AGUGCAGACGGUGGAGGAGCCGGGGGAGGGGCUGAGUGCGGGCGGCGGAGCGAGGGGGAGGCCGUUCACCGCCAACAGGCACGUCAGCCCGGGCCGCACCAUGGAGAACGACAUCCUCGACUCGCUGGAGGAUCUGGGAUACAAGGGUCCACUACUGGACGAUGGUGCUCUGGAGUUGGCAGCUGGUGAUGGGGCAGCUUCUCCAGAAUAUACUAAAUUAUGUGCCUGGCUUGUAUCUGAACUGAAAGCUUUCUACAAACUGGUAGAAAAUGUCAAUGCAACAACUAGCCCCACAGAAGCUGAAGAGUUUCAGCUGGAGAUGAGCGGUUUGCUGGCUGAGAUGAAUUGUCCCUAUUCUGUUCUAACCACUGGAGAUGUCACUAAACGCCUUCUCAACAAAAAUAAUUGCCUUUUGCUGCUCACUUACCUGAUUUCUGAGCUUGAAUCUUCACGGAUGCUUGGUGUGAACAACCCACCAAAGAAGCAACCAGAUAAAACCAGCCAGUCCUUCAUGGAGCUGAAAUCCAUAUGCAUCACCCUGGGUAUGUCCAAGCCCCCAGAUAACAUCACCAUGUUCCAGUUCUUCAGUGGGAUUGAGAAAAAGCUUAAAGAAUCUUUGUCCAAGGUGCCCCGAAAUCAUGUGGGAAAGCCUCUGAUGAAAAAAGCACUUGGGCCACUUCACUGGGAGAAAUUAGAAGCCAUCAAUCAAGUCCUGGUUAAUGAAUAUGAAAUUCGACGAAAGAUGUUGCUGAAGCGAAUGGAUGUAACCAUUCAGUCAUUUGGCUGGUCUGACCGAGCUAAGAGCCAAACUGAAAAAUUGGCCAAGGUCUACCAGCCCAAGCGUGCAGCUCUGAGUUCGAGAAGCACCGUUUGUGUUGCACACCUGUUAGCUGCUCGAGAGGACCUGUCCAAGAUUAUGCGAACCAGCAGUGGUUCGAUCCGGGAGAAGACUGCGUGUGCCGUUAAUAAGGUACUUAUGGGAAGAGUGCCAGACAGAGGCGGCAGGCCAAAUGAAAUUGAGGCCCCUCCACCAGAGAUGCCACCAUGGCAGAAGAGACCAGACAAUGUCCAGCCCAGUGGUGGACGAGGAAGAGGCGGAUAUGACCAAGGCUCGUAUGGAGGUGGAGGAAGAGGCGGAUAUGACCAAGGCUCAUAUGGAGGUGGAGGAAGAGGCGGAUAUGACCAAGGCGGGCGAGGUGGGGGCCGUGGUGGAUAUGAUAGGACAGAACAAGGAGGACGUGGAGGAGGCAGAGGAAAAGUUCAAGGCGGAUGGUCAGAUGGAAGUGGCGGUCAUCAAGAUUCUAGCUAUCAAGGGGGGCAUGGUGGUUACCAUGGUGGCGGUUACCAUGGUGGUGGCUACCAAGGUGGCACUGGCAGUUAUCAAGGAGGUAGCUACCAUGGAGGUGGUGGCAGCUAUCAAGGGGGUGGCUAUCAAGGAGGUGGUUACCAAGGACAUCAAGACAACAGAUAUCAGGAUGGCGGCCAUGAUCAGGGUGGAGGACGAGGUGCAGGACGAGGAGGUCGUGGUCGUGGGGGUCGUGGAGGGCGUGGGGGUCAGGGUGGUGGGUGGGUCAGCAGAGGUGGACUAAACUACAAUCAGGGAGGACAGUUUGAACAAUAUUUCCAGCAAGGUGGCCAACAGUAUAAUGCUUCUGGUUUCUAUCAAGGUAGGCAGUAUUCUAGCUAAUAAUUUGAUAGUCUUGAACAUUGGCUUCUUCCUACAAGAGUCACAGACUCCGCCAUAUAAUAGUUACCAACUGUUGAAUGCCACUAAAAUCCAAUACCUUGUAUUGAAUCAGCAGUGUUGCAGAUUGUUUGCAAACAAUGGGAAGCAGAAAUACCUUGCUUUCAGCAGGAGUGAAGGCUUGUGAUUCUAGAUCUUUCUCUUUUUACCUCCUACCCCCACUCUUCACAAAAUGGGUUUUAGGCUUAAAACUGUACUUGAAGCGCAGCAAAAAAAAAGGCAGAGUUCUGCUUUACUGCAUGUGUAACUGUCACUGGCACGGUUAAAACUUUUCAUUUGUUGAAAGUGCACCACAAACCUAACAUAUGAGCCCAAACUGAGCCUGGAGACCCCUUUCUAUUAGCUGGCCCUUUCAACAAAAGCAUUUGCAGAGCUAAUGUUUCUCUUCAGUUCUAGAGAUUAAGCCGCAUGGUAACUUCUUGCUGGCUAGUAAUUGCACAUAACCGUAAACUUCACAAGCAGAGUGAAUGAUGGUGUGAGAGAUGAGCGAUAAAGUAUCUGUGUGCUGUUUUACUGUUUGGAAUUGUUGGGUUUUUUGUUGAACUCGGUUACAGAUGAUGGGAGGAAUUCUUUGAGUAUCGAAAGAGGAUUUCAGCACCAUUUAUUUAAAGUGUGUGUAUGUGUACGUGUGCAUAUCUGCAUUUUUACCCAAACACUAAAAUGAGAAAUUGUGGUUGGGUGUCACCCGUGGUUUUUGCAUAUUUCUAAUUUAUAAUGUUUGAGAAGUUUACUGUAUGUCAUCGCUUUUGCAAAAUUGUGUAAUCUAAAAGCUGCAAAGGAUUUUCAGCACAGAAAGGGCUAAUGUGUGGGUUCAGCCUUAAAUUAUGAUGCACAAUGCCUAUAAUUGUACAGACAAGCAAGAGCAUUGGCCAAGAACGGCUGACUGUUUGUAAACACUCAAUUGUUUUUGUUCCCAUUGAAAUACUGGCAUGGGCCAGAUCAUAUAUGGCACACACUUCGUUAUUUGGAAGUUGAGGCAGUUGCUGAAUAUUAACCCCUGGUCAAAGAGCUGGAAAUAAAAGCGAAUGUGAAACAAGUUAUCCUAUAUACACAUUCUUGUGUUGUGAUUUUGAUGCUGAUUUCUUUUCAGUUUGAGCAUAAGUGUAAGUUGAUAUGUAUCUGUUUUCUGUUAACUCGUUAUUGAUCCGCAACCAUUGCAGCCACAGUGACCUCUUUUGAGUAAUAUAGACAUAGUUGACAUUGUAUUCUGGAUAGGUUACAGAAAGGUCAUCUUAUACACACAGCUGGCUCGUUUUUGCCUUUUUUUGGCACUUAUUGCACACUAGAGGUCACUCUUGUAAGCUGGGAGUAACAGGCUCUUGGUUGACAUAACUGACUGCCAAUUGGUGCUGUUCUCAAUAGGAGGCAUUUUUGAUUUGCUUUCACUUCAGUUACUGUGUCUCAUCUUGAAAAGAUCUUUAACACUGGUUUCUAUCUUGCUUAUUUAAAUGGUUAUCUUGGCUAAAACUGCUGUUUAAGUCCCACAGGCUUCUCUGUAGGGACCAAAAGCACAUGCAAAGUGUUUUGUCAACCAUUAGAAUCAUCUUUUGUCUGUAUGUAAUGUAACGUGCUUUUUUUAAAAAAAAGCUUAUUAUUUAAAUCGAGGAUUUAACACUAUUUUGCCCAAAAGCAGUGGGGAAAAUUAUAAGCUGCUAAGGAUAUUUAAAUCAGCAGUAUAUAUAUUGUACAUUCUGUUUUUAAAAGGGUUUAAAAAUCUAAAUGACAUUUAAGUCUAAAGAUCACCUGUUAAGAUUGUCUGUUAAGACUCGACCUUGAUUUUAGGGAUUGACACAAUGUUUGACCCAGUGGGCAGUGUGAUUCCACUUGUCUGAAAAAAAACGUAACUGCUUCUCUAAUGCAGUGAAACCUAAUGUAGAUCUAAUCUAAUGUAGUACAGAUAAUUGAAUAAAACUUUGUUAUUUAA